UCUCCCAGUUCCCCACUCCAACGCCCACGGGCCUGCCCCAGGUCCCCGCGAUAGCCUGAAACAAGACAAACUCGGGCCUCAGGAGGGUGAUGAGAAAUGACCCUCACCGUCCCUUUAAAUCCCGCAGCCUAGGAGGCCCCGCCCAGCCCCCCAGUCGAUUGGUUCCUACGGGAGGGGCGAGUGGUGCGCAGGCGCACUGGAAGCUCUCCGACCUAGCCUCCUUGCGUCCGGGCUCCGCCCGGCCCUCCUCCUCUCGCUCGGAAGUGCCCUCCAUGGAGCCAGAAGGGGCCGUGGCCAGCCUAGGUCCUGGGGACCCUGGCCAGCUCCAGGAGGCCCCCACACUCCCUGCCUUUGGCUCUCAGCCUGAAGACCCCACCCAGGACAGCUCCGAUGGUUCUGACACCGUGCUGCUGCGCCUGUACCCCUGUAUCCCAGACUCCGGGAGUCCCGAGCUGGACGGUGUCCUCGCUGCACCCCACACUGGCAGCUCCUUGAAGCACUCUACCACCCUGACCAACAGGCAGAGGGGAAAUGAGAUUUCAGCCCUGCCUGCCACCUUGGACUCUCUGUCCAUCCACCAGCUCGCUGCUCAGGGAGAACUGACUCAGCUAAAAGAAUACCUUCUGAAAGGCGAUAACCUGGUGAACAAGCCCGAUGAGCGUGGCUUCACCCCCCUGAUCUGGGCAUCUGCUUUUGGAGAGAUCGAGACUGUGCGCUUCCUGCUAGAGUGGGGUGCUGAUCCUCACGUCCUGGCCAAGGAACGGGAGAGCGCCCUGUCGCUGGCCAGCACGGGCGGCUACACGGACAUCGUGGUCAUGCUUCUGGAGCGGGAUGUGGACAUCAACAGCUAUGACUGGAAUGGUGGGACUCCGCUGCUCUACGCUGUGAGGGGUAACCACGUGAAGUGUGUGGAAGCUCUGCUGGCUAGAGGGGCUGACCUAACAACAGAAGCGGAUUCAGGCUACACCCCUAUGGACCUCGCUGUGGCCUUGGGACACAAGAAGGAUGCAGAAACUGAACCUCAGAGUGGUAGUGUCCUACUGGCUUGCGUCACUGCCAGGACACAAAGUCUGGUGUGCCAUUCCAAGCUCCUGGCAUUCCCCACUAUUGCCUCUUUGUGCUGGUAGGGCAGAGCGGGUUACAGAUCCUGAAUUAUUUUCUCUCACUCCCUUCUUUCUGGCCUUCAGUCCAACAGGUGAUGGAGAACCAUAUCCUUAAGCUUUUUCAGAACAAGCUGCUUCCAGAGACAGAGUGAAAGAGGUCUAGGCCACUGGGCUUUGGUCCUGUGCCUUCCAUCUGGUGCUCAGGAAGGUCAGCUCACUUAGAAGCCAGUUCUUCAAUCCCUAUGGCCAGGAAGAGCAGGUCCAGGAGAUCUCCCUCUUCCCAUGGCUGAAGGCUAUGGAUCUUCCCCUAGCCACCUACAAAUCUCUGGGGGGGGGGAGGGGGAACCACACCCAAGAACUCCGUGUCCAAGAACUCCAGUGCAACACGAGGCAGACCCCCCAACAGAAACAAGGCAGCUCUUCUCCUUCCCAGGACCGUGGGAGGGACUAUGCUCCUGGCUAAUGACUUGUCCUGGUAGGACCCUGUAGCUCCCCAGCCAUGACGACUCCUCUGCUGCCCCAACACCAGCCAUCUUGGGAGUCCCUCCCUGCUUCCCCAAGCCCAUGGAAUGGGAACAUGAACCAAUAAAACCAGCUGCUACCCCACAA